AAAUUACCUCCCUUCCGUAAUCCCUGCAGGCUGAAACAGGCAUAUCUCCCUUCUGGAGUACGAGGGGUUUUCGCUGCGGAAAAACACUAAAAUAAAGGGAGUUUAAUGGCUGUUAGGGAUGUAAAUUUAACACCAUAGGCCAAACAGCGAUCACCCCUUGUGAAGUAAAAACUUACGGAAGACUCUAUAUGUAACACUUCCCAAGGGAAGUAAAGUAUUCAACUAAACAUUUGGAGUUUUUCAAAUCAUCAGAAAAAAAACAAAAGUAUGGAAAUUGGCCUGAAAAUUGAGCCUGGCUCAGUAAGAUCUUUGAGCACAGUUGGUAUGUCAGAAUCUGGUAUCACCGUACAGCUAGAAUCUGGGUCUGUGCCAUCAACGGUUCCUGCUCAAAGUACACAGACAGGACAGAAAGCUUCACUUAUCAAUCAGAUUGCUGCACAGCUUGCCAACAGUAAAGCAUCACAGUCUCAAAGCACAUCACCCAAUGUUUCGCUAGCUCUUGGGCCAUUGUCCAAUGGAAAUGAAAAAAGCAAAAAUCCUAUAGUUGCUACUAUGACGGAAGCCUUAUCUUUAAAGCAGUCACCAACGCUAACUAAACAGUUAUCAAAACCUGUAAGUGGUACAUCAACUGGCAUGCAGGUAAUAACGCAAUAUAUGUGCCGUUAUUGUGGACAGCAGUUUGAAUCAACCAAUGACAUGCAACUUCACAUUCAGGAACACGUCUCUGGCAAAGCGCCUCAUGAAUGCUCAGUAUGUGGUAAGACGUAUCGUACUCCGUCCAAACUCCAGCGCCAUGUUCGUGUGCACAGUGGGGAACGUCCAUAUGCCUGUUCAAUUUGUGGUCGAAGAUUUACCCGCAGUGACCAUGUUAAGCAGCACAUGAAAGUACAUUGUCAGCCAAAAGAUGCAAAUGUGUGUCACCUGUGUAAUGAUAUGAAGUUCAGCAGACGACAAGCUUUACAUCUUCAUCUUCAGCAGCAACAUCUAAUGCAACAGGUAUUCACAUGUCACAGAUGUGGAGAAGCUUUUGAAUCUUUGGAAGAAAUGCAAUCUCACAAGUUAACACAUGAUACUGUGUUAAACAGCCUUAAGGAUAGUACAAGUGUCCAGCCAUACCAGAAUUCUAUAGCAAAAUUUGCAUUAGGCCAACAGAAGAAUGAGCAAGGUAUGAACAAAUAUGAUACGAUCAAAGCAGAAGAUGAAAACAAACCAGGGGGAGUUGUUCUCAAAGUACCUAACAACAAUGGAUUCUAUAUCCCAGCUAACUUAGAUAAUGUGUCAGCACUCAGCAGUAAACUGCUUAUUGAGGGAAUGGAAAUGAUGGCCAAGGAGGCAGCAGAAUUGGAAGUUCAAAAGAAAUAUCAAGCAGAAUUGGAACAACUUACUGCUGAUGCUAAGAAAUUUCAGUUAGAUCAGAAGAAAAGAAUUGAAGAAAUGGAAAGAGCAAAAAUUGCAGAAUGCUUUACAAUUAAAGCUGCAACACCAAGCCACUCUCCAAGUCUAAGUGAGCAGAAAUUGGUUAUAAAUGAAUCAAGUGAUUCAAGUAUUGAUAUUGUGGCUGGGAAAGAAACAACAACAGUUGUCAAUGGAGAUGGGAUGUCCAUGUUUAUCUUGCCAGCAUCUCUUGAAUAUGGUAAUAAAGAUAUGGAGAAAAGUGAGUCAGAAAUGGAAGCAGAUGAUGCAGAAAGUGAACAAAACUCAUCUAAGGACUCUGUUGGAAUAAAUCGGGAAGGAGAUGGUGAAAAAAGUGAAGGUGAUGGAAGUGAAAGGAUGGAUUGUACUGAUGAUACUGAAGAACAGUCGGGAGACGAUACAAGAUCAAAGGAGGGCAAAAUCUCUAAAUCAACAAAGAUAGAGGGUUAUACAAAGCCAUGUCCAAAAUCAAAGAAACCAGGCUAUGUAGCGCCAGUAAGUCAAAGCACUGAAACAAAGACAGUUUCUAGUGAAGAUUACCAAAGUUCUUCUGCAAAGCCAAUGCUAUCAUUGCUGAAUCCACGUAUAAAUGAACUCAUUAAAGCAAAAGUUGAACACAACAUGAGCCACAGUCAGAAUCAAAAUCAAACAACCUUCAUCGUGACAAACCCAGCGAUAAAUCAGCAAUUACCAAAACUGACUUUCAUACCAAAUGUAACAGGGAACAAGUAUUCUCCCAUUGCAAAUCUACCAACUAUAUUGCCAGCUCCAAGUACCUCCACUGUGGCCUUUGCUUCGACUGGUACCCUGCCUUCUCAACCAGUGGGUCAGAAAUUGAAAGCAGAAACACCAAAGCUUGUCAAAUGUGAAUAUUGUUGUAUUUAUUUUGAGGACAAUGCAAUGAGUAUGCUACACAACACUCUUCACUCCGCUGACAACGCAGACCCAUUCACAUGCAGGAAAUGCUUCAAGAAGCUUGGCAACCGACUAGAAUUUAUGGCUCAUAUGGUUUGGCAUUUAGAACCAAAUAUGGAUAUAUAGGCACAUACUGCAAUAUUAAGACUUUUGCUACAAAUUAUUUAGUUGUAAUAUAUUAUAUUAUUGCAAUUGUUUAUAGUCAUGAAAUUAUUCUAGUGAUUUGAGUAAGGUUUUGUUUUUCCUUCAAGAGGUUUAUAGAAGUAGCUAUUUGAGGUUUUGUUUGAAGAUAGGUACUACAGUUAAGAGGCCUAGUUAUUUAUAAGUGUCAAUGAUUCAUUUUGAACUUGACUAUUCAAAGAAUAGAGCUACUGCACUCACUCAUUUGUUUGCGUAAAGUUUGAUAUGGUAAAGUUUGAUUUGGUUUUUUAUUUAAGCUGAUAUCCUAGUUCUCACAAAUGAGAAUGGGUUGAAACUUGACAAACUUGUUCACAGUGAUGAUUUGACAUGCUGUACAUAAGUUCUAUAACUCUGUUUUGCAUUUUUACUAGGGAUGGCAACGAGUACCGAUUUUGGUACUGGAGUAUCUGCCAAUAUUUUUUAUGGAGUACUAGGUUACUUGUUAAAAGUGGUUUCCGUAACCGGAAUAGGCGAGAAACGGCCAUAUUUAACAUUUGUUCUGUAUUAAAGGGAGAUAAACCAGAACCGUAAGUUGUUUCAUGGCUCCCGUAAGCAGUGAUAUGUUUCAAAACCUUUUUUUUUUUUUUUUGUUGGAUACAGUUGUAAAUAACUACUUUGUGCUAAAGGGAACUCUAGAAGGUAAAACCAACAUAGAUGAUUUUCUAAUUUUUUAUGACAUAAGUGACUGUACUAAGCGGCAUAAUUACAAUAUACAGCGAUCAUGAUUUUGCAAGCACCUGUUACUUGUCAGGGGUCAUUAUUGACAAUUAUGCAUCAAUUCACAUCUUGUGUUUGUAUAAUCGAAAAGAUGACAGGUAGACACUUUAGAGUCGUUUAAAAGGCCACGUUCAAAUUGAUGUGUUUCUAGUUGUUUUUUUUCUUGUUUUUUUUUUCUUUUUUCUUUUUUUUUGUGUACUCUUUUAGUAAUUUUCAUAAUUGAUACUCAAACACUGAGAGAGUACAUGUAAGUGGGUAUUUCAGUACCCAGUCAUGAGAAUAGAUUGAACUUUCACAUACUUUUCCACUGUGAUGAGCUUACAUGCACUAUACAGCUUCUAUAACUCUGUUUUGAUUUUUACAAAAUUAUCACACUGUUUUGACUCUUAAAUCCAUUUAAUUAACCAGGCAGUUCAAGUGACAAGGCUGUUGAAUAGCUGAGUGUUGCUGUCCUCCAGUAGUUCUUGUUUUUAAAUUUUAUAACACAUUUAGCAUUGCUUGAUUUAGUUGUGCUAAUUCAGGAAAUUUAUUUGAAAAGUAGAUUUAAGGACUAACGAGUGAUGGUGGUAUUGACUGUUGAUUUAUCAUAGACGGUGCUUUGUUGUUUGACUUUAGCAAAGAUUUUGUGGGUGAAUUUGCUGAUAAUGUGCAAUUUCCAUAAUAGUAGAUUAGAGGGUGAGUUUAAGGGAAUGUAUUUAUUUUUUGUUUGUUUUUCAUAUCUAAUUUUUCAGUUGUUGGUAAUACUCAAGUAGUAAGGAAAGCUUAGGUAGUAUAUUUCAUGUCUCCAUACUCACUGUAAACAUAGAUAUACUGUACACAGUAUUGUUACCAUAUUACAGUGAAGAAAGGAUAUUUACUAUGACAAUAUUUAUAACAAUACAGGUGUUGACAAGACCUUGGCAAUGCAAUAGGUAGAUACAAUUUUACCUAAAGAAAUGACAAGAAUGGGAAUUUAAAGUUUGAGACAAUAUACAAGUUUUUGUCAGUUUAGAAAGUUAUAAUGUUACAUUGUAGAGAAAAAGUUCAAGCUAUAGUUUUACAGAAAUCUGGACCAAAUUGUAUAUUCUUAACCAUGGUAUUUGAGGACUAGGGAGUAUUAUUGUGUUUGAACUGUUGGUCCAUCUGACAUACACAUAUUUUCAGGACAUUCAUGUCCAGUUAUUGUUUUCUGUUAGUUCUGUCCCUUUAGGACUUGGCCAUAUUAGUACCACCUCUGUUCUUUGUGUACUCGACUUGCUCUGCAGUUUCCAGCCUAUUCAGGUGGAAGUUGAUAAACAUCAACAUUAAGUAGACAUGCACAUAUUACUGGAACCUCCAUGUCAUAUUUUUUGUGGCGUUGGGGUUGAGGGGUUGGGAGUUUAGUUGACAUUAAAUUUUAUUCUGUUGAGCAUUUUAGGGGGCAUGUGUCAAACUGAUUAUUCUUGUUUUUUUUUAUUUGUUUGAAAUUAAGCUACCAGUGUGAAUACUAGUAUUUUUUAGAAAACAGUACCUGAACAAGAUUUUAUUGGUUGUUGACAGAACCUUGCAGUUGAUUACAUUUUGUGUCCAGAUUUUAUAGGUAUAUUUUUUUGGUAAUACCAAGUGGUAAGUGUACAGCUAUAAUGUAUGAGGGGAAGAUAUAUAGGAAGUAGGUGAGGCAGUAUCCACUCAGUCAGGAUCUCACCUGUAUGUUACCUUGCUAGGGGAAGAUAUAUAGGAAGUAGGUGAGGCAGUAUCCACUCAGUCAGGAUCUCACACCUGUAUGUUACCUUGCUAGGGGAAGAUAUAUAGGAAGUAGGUGAGGCAGUAUCCACUCAGUCAGGAUCUCACACCUGUAUGUUACCUUGCUAAUACCAAACACUGUAAUGAUAUAG